UGGAAAAGUUUGAUGGGACUGCGGACGUUAGCCACAUGCCUCUGAGUCCGGCUGCUGACACCAAACAUGAUCGCCCGCGGCAACAGGCGGUUACUAACGGCAACCCAACAGGCUCUGCUGUUGCAAGGGACGACGACGCGGAGGACACGCCUCUUGGAAGCGACAUUGUCGUCCGCAUUGGCAUCCCGGACCUGCAGCAGACGAAGUGUUUGCGGUUGGACCCAGAGUUACCAGUUUGGACCAGUAAGCAGAGGGUUCUGGUGACGUUGACUCAGUCUCUGUCGGAUGUUUUGAACUAUGGUCUCUUCCAGCCGGCGUUCAACGGCCGAGCCGGAAAGUUUCUGGACGAGGAGCGGCUGCUGAAGGAGUAUCCUCUCCCUCCCAUCACACCCAUCCCAUACCUGGAGUUUCGUUACAAGAGAAGAAUUUAUACCCAAAGCUACGUAGACGACAAACAGCUGGCCAAGCUACACACCAAGGCCAACCUGAAGCGCUUUAUGGAACAUGUGCAUCAGAAGAAUGUGGAGAAGGUUUCCAAAUGGUUGGAAAAAGGCCUGGACCCCAACUUCCAUGACUCGGAUACCGGAGAGUGUCCUCUGACUCUGGCGGUCCAGCUGGAGGAAAGCUGCGAGUUGAUCAAAGUCCUUCGCAGCGGAGGAGCUCACCUGGACUUCAGGACCAGAGACGGGAUCACCGCUCUGCAUCGAGCCGUCCUCUGCAGGAACAGCGCCGCUCUCACUGUGAGGACAUUUAGCCCAAGCGGCGGAGGUCAUGUGGAGAACAGCCCCCCUCCCUCUCCUCCCCUCACCCCCCAGAUGAGGAAGAGGAGGCUGUACAGCGCUGUGCCGGGACGCACCUUCAUCGCUACCCGAUCCCACGUCCCCCAGGGCAACGGAGAGAUCCAGCUGCACCGCGGAGAGAGGGUCAAAGUGCUGUCUAUCGGGGAAGGAGGAUUCUGGGAAGGAACCGUGAAAGGAAGAACUGGUUGGUUUCCUGCCGAAUGUGUUGAAGAAGUACAGAUGAGACAAUACGACCCAAGACUGGAGACGAGGGAGGAUCGCACCAAGAGGCUGUUCAGACAUUAUACUGUAGGAUCAUAUGACAACUACACCUCCUACAGUGACUACGUGAUCGAGGAGAAGACGGCCGUGCUGCAGAAGAGAGAGAGCGAGGGAUUCGGCUUCGUCCUCAGAGGAGCGAAAGCUGAGACGCCCAUCGAGGAGUUCGCUCCCACGCCGGCGUUUCCCGCUCUGCAGUACCUGGAGUCGGUGGACCAGGGGGGCGUGGCCUGGAGGGCGGGGCUUCGGACCGGAGACUUCCUCAUAGAGGUGAACGGUACCGACGUGGUGAAGGUGGGUCACCGGCAGGUCGUCUCUCUGAUCCGACAGGGAGGAAGUCGCCUGCUGAUGAAAGUCGUGUCAGUUUCCCGCAAAUCAGAAUCCAACCUGAUCAGGAAGAAAGCUCCGCCUCCUCCGAAACGAGCCCCCAGCACCUCACUGACGCUCCGAUCCAAGUCCAUGACCGCUGACCUGGAGGACAUAGAGAAACUGGAUGAGAUGUUGGCGGGAAAUCAACAGGAAGUAGUUCUGAGGGCUCGACCGUCGGACGACUUCAGAGCGGCGACGGUUAAACAACGACCGACCAGCCGACGCAUCACGCAGGCCGAGAUCAACUCCCUGUUUGAGCGUCAGGGUCUCGUCCCCCCCUCCGCCCCAGAGAAGAGCACCAUGGCUUUACCCAGAGGAAUGUCCAGAACCAAAAGUUUUGGCACACCUGAGGAUGACCGGAUCUCGGCUCUGAUCAAUGAAAGCCGGUUUCCACGGAGCUCCUCACUGACGGACAGCUUCAUCCCUCCUCCUCCUCAGACAGCUCCGCCUCCUCCUCCCUCCGCCUCCGCCUCCACCUCUCCGCUCUUCCUCCUCGACUCCGGCCCUCCUCCCUCCUUCCUCCCCCCUCCUCCCCCGGCCAGAGGGGAGGGUCUGACCCGCUCCAGCUUCAAGCCGGGGGCGGAGCCGAGGCUGCAGGAGCUCAUGGAUUCGCCGACGAGGAGCCACGCCCACGCCGAGCGCCAGAGGAAGGCGAGGUCCAUGAUCAUCCUGCAGGACACGCCUCCGCCGCCGCCUCCGCAGCCUGACGCGCACGCUGCUGCCUCUCACACGCUGCACACCGCCACACACACCGCCACACACACGCUUCACACCGCCACACACACCUCCACGCUGUCCCUCCACAGCACCAGCCCCGCCCUCGGCCACUCGCCGCUGUCACGUCGCCGGGGACGACCAAUAGAAAACCCUUACGCUAACGUGGGACAGCAAGCCCCGCCCACUAAACCGCAGAGGAGGAAGUCGCCGCUGCUGAAACAACUUCAAGUAGAGGAGCAGGGCCUUGGAAUGAAAGAUCACGAUGGAAAAUCCGAUGGUGGACCCGGCAGUCCCAGCAGGGCGGAGUUAUACCAGCAGCAGGUUCUUUCUGAGCGUGCUCGGGUCCAGGGCCGCCGGUCAUCCCUCUUCCUGUCUGUGGAAGGUGCAGGGUCAGACAACCAGGUGCCACCCCUCCUGACCCUGAGCCAUUCGAUGGACGACCUAGGCGAGCUCCCACCUCCUGCUCCUGUUCUUUCGCCUUCACCGACGCCUCACACCUUCCUCCACCCGCUGACAGGGAAACCUCUAGACCCGUCAUCUCCACUCGCCCUGGCUCUUGCUGCAAGAGAACGAGCGCUCACUGCACGAACGCCUAGCCCCGAACCUCGAACUAGACAUGCAUCCGGCUCAACCACACCCAUCCUCACUCCAGCUGCAAGCCCUGAAGGGAGGCAUAAACGCACUCCUAUCACCACUCCGCACAGCAGCCCUGAGCCACGAUCCAAACGCACCACUCCUCAGACGAGCCCCGAGCAGCGAACGAAGCGAACCACUCCCCAGACCAGUCCAGAGCUGAGGCACAAACGGAUAACCCCGCCCCUAUUCCCCGACGGACAGGUGGAGCGUCCGGAAACAGAAGGAGGAGUGACAUCGCCUGCCGCCCCUUCCCCUGAGCGCUGGAGACCCGUGCCGUUGUCGGCCCUGGCCAACGAGAGCCACCCUUCUCUGAUCGACCGGCGCAAAAGCCUCACAGUGGGCAGCUCAGAGGAGGAGGGUGGAGCCUACACGGUGACGCUCCCGCCGGCGUUACUGUCGUCCAGCGAUGAGGAGACCCGAGAGGAGCUGCGAAGGAUCGGUCUGGUGGCUCCUCCCCCUGCUUUCGCCAGUCCUCCCGGCCUUCCUCCGCCAUCCUCUCUCACUUUGUUGCCACGGCGAAGUGGGGAGGGAGGCGGAGGGGAAGGGAGCGGUCCCGACUCUCUGGGUAGACGAGAUGAGGAAGAAGGAGGGGACGAGCAACUUCACGACAGCUCCUCCUCACCCAGCUCACUCCCUCCUUCAAUCAUCUUGGCCUCCCCUCCUGCUCCACCUUCUCCUUCCUCACCUCCGGCUCACCCUACCCCCUCCCCCGCAGCCACCUCCCCAUCAGGCCUUAAGCCCCGCCUUCGUUCACCUAUUGGCCGGGGCCGCUCAGCGCUUAGGGACCCACUGCUGAAACAAUCAUCAGACAGCGAGCUCCUCCCCCACGCUGCAUCCUCCUCCUCCCCUUCCUCCCCACUCUGCUCCUCCCCGACCAGCGGGAGGCAGCCACGCUAUCUGUUCCAGCGGAGGUCCAAACUGUGGGGAGGUGGGGAUGACCGCAGUGAUGAGAGGCGAGGCUUCAGCCCAGAUGAAGGUGUAAGCCGUCCUUCAGCGCUAGGGGGUCAAGGGUCAGGGUCAGCUGUGGAUCUGACGAGCCGGUCAGCAUCUGCACUGGAGCUGAGCGGCAGGGCCGGAUCUGGACUGGACCUCGCUAAUCGGCUCCAGCUGCUGAACAAGGACAGUCACUCUCUGGGGGAGGAACCGAGUCCCCUCGACCCGGGCCGGAGGUCACCAGUAGGAGGUGCAAGGUUGUUCUCCAGUCUAGGUGAGCUCCACACCAUCUCCCAGCGAGGAUAUGGCGCCAGCUACACCGUCCGCCCAGGAAGUCGCUACCCUGUAACCCGCCGCAGCGCUUCCCCUUCUCCUUCCCCCUCUGAUAGGUCAAUAGGGCUUCCCUCCUCCACCGCCCCCUGCUCAGAAAGGCCAGAUCUGAGCUCGGGUCGUGGUCUAACCAUCCUGAAGUCGUCCAGUCUCAGUCUCCCCUCUGAACCAAAGGAGGUUCGGUUUGUGAUGCGAAGUGCCAGCGCUCGAACCAGGUCCCGUUCACCCUCACCUUCUCCCCACGCCUCCCCCUGCCCCUCCCCAGUCCUCAGCGGGCCCCUGUUGGCUCUUCGGCCAUGGAGGCAGCGGCCCCUCAACCUGUGGAAUAAAUAUGACGUGGGUGACUGGCUGGAGAGCGUAGGUCUGGCCGAACACCGCCAGCGCUUCCAGGAGCACGAGAUCGAAGGCUCCCAUCUCCCGGCCCUCACCAAGGAGGACUACGUGGAGCUGGGCGUCACCAGACUGGGACACCGAAUCAACAUCGAGCGAGCGCUCAGACAGCUGCUGGAUGGUUCCACUUGACCCCUCACCUCUGACCACUCACCUCUAGACAUCCUGAACUGUGACCUCAUAACCACUAGGCCAUCUCUUUGACUAGGAAAUCUUAUCAAUGACUGAAUCUUUAGACCUUUUUACCAACGUGGGGCCCAGCUCUCCGAGUAAUCUCAGGGUCAUUUUGGUUUAUCAGCUCUUUGAUCAACUCAGUUUGUGAAG